UGUUAGAAAAAGACAGCAGAUAAGAAUGGUGUUGCUAUCUUUUUUUAUCACACAUAGUUAUAUGAAUUGAUUACCAAUACAUUUUAAAUUCGUUGUUCGUUUAACGUUUUGACUUUUGUUCUGCCUUCUGCGUUCUCAAAGUUUUAAAAAUAAUUAAAAUAGUGUGUACCUACUGUGCAGUUAAGACUUAAAAUGGUGAAUUUUUGUAGUGCCUUUAAUUGUGCUAGCUCUAGUGAUGUUAGAAAAGACUUGUCAUUUCACAAGUUCCCUCUUAAAGAUAAAGAGAGGCUUCAAAAAUGGGUGCAUGCUGUUCGAAGGAAAGAUUUUAAACCUAGUUCCAAUACAACUUUAUGUAGUUUACAUUUCAAUGAAACUGACUUCUAUUCAGCAGUUGUAAGUGGGAAAAAAAUGUUAAUAAAAUCUGCUGUACCAACUGUAUUUGAUUUCCCAAAUCAUUUAACUCCAAAAAUUAAAGAAAGGAGAAUUCUGCAACGAGAAGACACAACCACAACAAUAGCCGUUCAAAAUAAUGAAAAUAUGUUAUCUACUUGUAAAACAGAGACAAAGUUUGUAGACAUUGGCGUUUAA